AUGAUUAUCAUUUCGGCAACUGGCGAGCAGUUAUACCCUGUGAACCCCGGAAAGUAUCCGGAAUCAUGGAAACCCAAAGACAAAAAGGACAAAGCAUGGAAACAAACCUAUUUUGACCACAUGGACAGGAUAAAGCAAGACUAUAAGGAAAAGGGAGUUCUUCAGGCGCCACUGAUUCAAGACUUGCAUGGACUUCUUCCGGUGCAAGAACCUUCACCUUCUAGCAAGGAUAUUGAUGACAAGAAGAAAGUGAUUUACGUGAAGAAGAACGAAAAGGACAACACGGUAUCGUUUUCGAGGAUCGAUCUCACUUCUUUAAACACGUACAAAGCUGCGGGCUGGGAGCUAUGGCAGCCUACUCCGAGACCAGCGGAGAAUUUUACGGACAAGGAGACUCGAUUGAUUCCUGGGCUAAAAGAGUCACACCCAGUGUCCGAAAGUCUCAAGGAAACAGCAGUUCUCUUUUCGAAGGGCAUCCAGAUCUCCGCCGUAUGCGAUGGCCUUGAUUGGCACCCAGGGCAACUACUGGGACCUGACUCAAGUGCUGAGGCCCCAAUCUCCAAGACACCAACAUUCAUGCUCCCCUCCGAGUCUGGGAACAACCUCGCGUCGGCCACCUCUCGUGGGCAUAUCCACACACACGACCGGCCAAAGCUUGUGGGCGCAGGCUGGGGGGACUACGACCUCUUUUUUGAAUGGCAACUUCACGGUCGCGUACUAGAUGUGAACGAUCUAGAGGAGAAAACUUGGAAUUACAGGGACGAAGUAUCAAUCAACUUUGUUCCUGCUUCUGUCUUGGAGGAUGGAGAAGAAAAAUCAAUGUCUUCUUAUGAUCCUGGUUACCCCUUCAAGACGCCUCCACCCCUCUACAUGAAAGCAACAGGGAGGGAACGGGAAUGGAAAGAUCCAGGAAGGUAUACGGGCGGUUGGUAA